UACCAUUAUGCAUUGUGUACAACACUAGCCAACACCUAUUUUUUUCUCGGUAAAACAGGUGCAUAUUUCUCACGAUGUCUUCAUCUGAUCGGGAUAGAAAUCGCUCUGGAAGGGGCCAGCAGGGCCCACAAAGUAGUGCUGAUAAACCUCCUAAUAGUCGUCUCUUCAUCAUCUGCUCUAAGCUUCAGACAGAAUCCGAUUUAAAGGACUAUUUUGGGCAGUUUGGUGAAGUGGAAGAUGUGUUUCUUGUCAAGGAUAAGGUGACGCGCGAGCCGAAGGGAGUCGCUUACGUGAAAUUCGCCAAGUUCUCACAGGCUGCUCGGGCGAUGGAAGAGUCGGACGGCAAGCGAGUGAUGAACAUGAGCAAGCCCAUCAAGGUUAUCAUUGCAAAUUCCCGAGGUUCACACAGCUCCAAAGACAUUGACGAGAAGACUGAACUCACCCGUCUCUUUGUAGUUGUUCCUAGUUCAUACGAUGAUGAUGAAUUGUACAAGAAAUUUGAUGAGUAUGGGGAGAUCGACCACGUGACCAUCAUAACCGACAAAAAGACUGGAGCGAAUAAAGGAUUCGGUUACGUCAAGUUCAGAAGAGUGUCGGGGGCUGCCAACGCACUGGAGAAUUGUGACAGAAGCUUCAAGGCAGUUAUGGCCGAACCACGGAGGUCAGAGAAGCGGAGCCGAGACGACGUGUUUGAGAGGGAUUACUCUCGGUCAUCUGACCAUGACCGCUUGGACUACGGCCGUCCGGACUACAUCAGAUACGAUCACGUGCGGAAGGAUUACGGGAGGGGUUCUGACGGAGGAAGAGCAGCGGACUACGGACGAUUUAGCCACAGCAGGGUGGAGAGUGAUUACCCUAUGAGAGGGGAGUAUACCUCACCCACUGCCCUCCCUAGGGCCACUGCUCCUCAAGUUGGCAACUUUGAAGUGGAUGGCAUGUUCUUCCCUCAAGGUCCAGGAUUGCCAACGAACCUCUCUCCCAGGCUGGUUGCUGACAUCGUGGGUCCCGUCACAGAGACGCAGGUCAAGGGUCUGUUUAGCAUCAUCCCAGGCAUGGAGUACUGUGAUUAUAGAGAAGAACAGGUCAGCUGGGGAUACAAAGGUACUGCUUAUGUGCGAUAUAGUUCGGCUGCCCAGGCUGCUUACGCAAAGCAGAAACUUGAUAACUUUGAGUACCCUCCCGGCUGCCCCAUGCAAGUCAAGUUUGUAGAGGACAACUCAUCGACCACAAUUAAUACAGGGUCUGUUCUUGGAGGGUUUACCCCUGCUGCAGCAAGCCAGCCACCAUCCUGCACUGUGGCUCUACCUCCUCUUCAACCUAUGGCAGAUCCUGACAGUCCUGUUGAAGAGCGCCUGUUUGUGAUCUGCACCCGCCCCCUUCCAGAUCCCAUCAUUUGUGAUGUCUUCAGAAGAUUUGGAAACUUCAUCAGCUACAAGAACGUCCAUGGACGUAACUAUGGCUACGCCAAGUAUGCAAGGAAAGAAUCGGCUGAAAUAUGUCUCAAUACUCUCCACGGGCAGACGAUAGCCGGUGAGAAGCUCAAGGUCAUCGUCGCUGACCCUGAACCAGAAGAGAGAAAGCGCCCUCGUACAACAUGAAAUUGCCAGUCAAGCUCCCAAGCAGUCGGAACUCAUUCCAAGACACAAGACUUAGACUUCUGUACAGUAACCAAGUAACCGAGCUAUUCCUGCACGUUAUAAGCUACUACGAGACAAUGAACUGUUGCGCACGCCAAGAGACUUUGACAAAGCAUCCAUGAACGAGAACGUGACAAGCGUAUCGCACUUUACAGAUACCCAAGACAUUGCACUACCACAUUAUAUUUACGCCCAGAUACCGUGACAAAUCACAAACAAGAACUUUGUCAAGCAUUGACAGCCACUAUGGGACGGUGAGUAUCUACUUGAGCUCAAAGAUGUUGACAGACUUUGCGAAGAAGUACUCCGACAAGCGUUAUCGCAUAUACAGCAACUAUCCGACAAUAGCAUUGUCUACUUCACUAAGAGCCACUUCGUCUGUGUACCCGCAGACCAUCUGACAGCAUCUGUGAAAUAGAGUCUCUGACACGCAUUACAUCACUUACAGCGACCACAAGAGAAUGAACCUCAUCUCUACGGCGCAUGACUGACGAAGCAUUUGUGAAAAAUGCGU